AUGUUACAGCUAAACCCAGUGAUACAUCCCGAUACAAAGAACAAGAGAUUCAAGUUUGAGCCAUUUUUGCGUAAGGAAUAUAAUUUUGGAUUAGAUCCUGAUCGUCCAGUGUGCCAGUUCUACAAUCCACUGAACCCAAAUAACUCAUGUCCAAAUGGAAGUCUUUGUCCCCAUAAACAUGUUUCGUCUAUGUAUUCGAAUAAGAUCGUGUGUAAGCAUUGGUUAAGAGGUCUCUGUAAAAAAAAUGAUCACUGUGAGUUCUUACACGAAUACAAUUUAAGAAAGAUGCCAGAGUGCUUGUUCUACUCAAAAAACGGAUUUUGUACUCAGACACCCGAAUGUUUAUAUUUGCAUGUUGAUCCGCAGCUGAAAAUACCUCCAUGUACAAGCUAUGAAAAAGGGUUUUGUCCAGAUGGUCCUAAAUGUGCAAACAGACAUAUUAGAAAAAUUAUGUGUCCAUUGUGGCUUACUGGUUUCUGCCCCAAAGGUGCCGAAUGUGAUUACAGUCACCCAAGAUUCGAAGCAAUAAUAGAUAGGUUGAGAAUUAAGCCGGAUGAAGAUGCUACAGAAGAAAAAGUAACCAAGGGGUCCGACAAAGACGAUCAAGAUAUGACCGAUGCUAUACCAAACGAUAAUGCUGAAGAAAAAGAUGAGUCUGGAUCUUGA